CUGACGCUGGAACAAAGAUGGCGGCCCGCGGCGCUGGGGCCGUGCUGGGGCUGCUGCUGCUGCUGCUGCUCCGCGCGGGCCCGGCCCGCGCCCGCGUCCACCACCUCACCCUCAAAGAUGAUGUGAGGCAGAAAGUGCACCUGAAUACCUUUGGUUUCUUCAAGGAUGGUUUCAUGAGUGUGAAUGUCAGCAACCUUUCCCUGAAUCCAGAACCAGGCCCUGAUGAGAAGGACAGUUUAUUAGUGGGGUUCAGCUUGGACCGAACAAGGAAUGAUGGUUUCUCCACUUACCUGGAUGAAGAAGUGGAUUAUUGUAUCUUGAACAAGACUCCAGAGCCAGAUGUCUCUGUUGUAAUUUUACUUCUGGACAUCCAACAUGAAGUUGUGAAAGUACAGUUCUCUUCAAAAGCUGCUUCUUUGUUACCUAAAAUUGUAUUUGUAUCUGAGGAAAAUGGUACUGCCUUAAAUACCAAGCUGCUAAAAACUUCUGAACUGAGCAGUGAUUCUGAUACAAGUCCUCAAAAGACCAGUGAAAAUACAGGUAAUGAAGAUAAGGAGUCCAAACAAAGUACAACAUCCUCCAAGGACAUGAUAGAACAACAACAUCCUGUACGCCAUGUCCAAGGAAUUUUUUCAUUUCAGUUCUAUUUUAACAUCAGCUCGGACAAACAAGAAGGUCUCUACAGCCUGUAUUUCCAUAAGUGUGUUCGUGAGAAAGGGCCAGCUAAUGAUCAGCAGCUGUUUAGUCUUGAUAUAGAUGUUACGGAAAAGAAUCCUGAAAGCUACCUCUCAGCAGGUGAAAUCCCACUGCCAAAACUUUACAUUUCCAUGGCUCUCUUCUUUUUCCUGUCUGGGACUGUAUGGAUCCACAUACUUCGGAAACGCAGAAAUGAUGUCUUUAAGAUCCACUGGCUCAUGGCAGCCCUUCCUUUCACCAAAUCAUUGUCCUUGGUCUUCCACGCGAUCGACUAUCACUACAUCUCUUCUCAGGGAUUCCCCAUCGAGGGCUGGGCUGUUGUUUAUUACAUCACUCACCUACUGAAGGGAGCUCUUCUGUUCAUCACUAUUGCCCUCAUUGGCACAGGCUGGGCUUUCAUUAAACACAUCCUGUCAGAUAAAGACAAAAAAAUUUUCAUGAUUGUCAUCCCACUUCAGGUGCUGGCAAACGUGGCCUACAUUAUCAUGGAGUCAACAGAGGAGGGGACAACUGAGUAUGGACUGUGGAAAGAAAUCCUUUUCUUGGUGGACUUGCUGUGCUGUGGAGCCAUCCUGUUCCCAGUGGUAUGGUCAAUAAGACAUUUGCAAGAGGCUUCAGCAACAGAUGGGAAAGCUGCCAUUAACCUAGCAAAGCUGAAGCUCUUCAGACAUUACUAUGUCAUGAUUGUGUGUUACAUUUACUUCACACGGAUCAUUGCAAUUCUCAUAAAGAUUGCUGUUCCAUUCCAGUGGAAAUGGCUGUACCAGCUGCUGGAUGAAAUGGCCACUCUGGUGUUCUUUGUCCUCACUGGGUACAAGUUCCGUCCUGCAUCAGACAACCCUUACCUACAGCUCUCUCAGGAUGAUGAGGAUGACUUGGAGAUGGAAGCUGUGGUGACAACUUCAGGAGUGAUGGAGGGCAUGAAGAAGGUCAAGAAAGUGGUGAAUGGUUCAGCAGAGCCUCAGGGCGAAUGGGAGAGCACAGCAUGAUGGACUGGACUAAGGCAGCACUUUCAGAGAAACUUUUUUAAUUUAUUAAUAUUACUCAGUGGAAAGGGAGCAACUUGCACUCCCCACCACUGAAACCGCAGAGUGGGGUGUGUCUAGGGAGAGCAAAGCAGUGCAGAAAUAUAACUAUUCCUUUGAUCAUAAGAAAAUGAGAUCUCCUGGUACCUGCAAGGAGCCUGAAGCUUUCCUAGGGAUUUUGGGUAGCUUUUUUUCCCCCUUUCUGGAUCGGUUCUUUAUUCUGAAUUGUUGUGUUCUUCAGAAUGUGUAAUACUAAUGUGAAGAGGGAUCUUCAGUGUGUAUGUAAAGAAUAUAUUUUAUAUAAUGCUCAUAUAUAUGCACACACACACACACUUGCUUUGUAACAUGAAUGCUGGGACUUGCAAAGCCUGUCAGAAGGUGGGAAAAGAAGAUAAAGACAUGUAAGUAUUUUUUUUUUUUCUUUUUAUAAACUCUCCUUUUGGCUUGGAUGGAACAUUGCAAAACAAAUGGAUGGGAACAACUGCAGUUAUUUGAGAGACUGAAGGGUAUUGGAUCAGAUGACUUCUGCUACUGCUCAUGCAAGUGUGAAAGGUGAUAAGUAUCUUCUUGUCUUAUCCCUGCAGGUGUCCACCUGAAUGUGUCAGGUUUUCAGAUGUGUUGCUAUACAGGAAAUGAGUGACUGUUCUCCAUUAAAGCACUAAGCCCAUAGUGCAAUAAGUGUUUAUGUACAUUGUCCACUGUCCAUGGAGUUGCUCUUGACUCACCCCCACCUGACAAGAAGUACACAAGAGGUGUAAGAUUGAUGGUUGCUUUUUAGAGGUCUGCCUAAAUGUUUACUUUCAAGCUGUGACCCAGAGCUUCAUAAAAUACUUUCAAGGUGUUUCAAAAGUCACUCCUUUCUGGCACAGUAUAAACAGUAUCAGACUCUCCAGUGGAAAUCUGUCUAGCCAUUUUACUGCAACAUAAAUCUCUGGUUCACAGUUACCCUGAGUUACUGGGCCUCUCUGGAUGGCUACUUGUACCUCUCUGGCUGUGUAGGAUUAAUAACACUGUUAUUUUGGGUGAGCUGAACUGGUCAAAGUAGUAUUGCCACCAAAACCAGUAACUCCUAGUCCUAUUUUUUUUUUUUUGGCAGGAGGGGAAAAGAUUAUGACCAGAACCUUGAUGCAGAGGAAUAUGGAAUCCUUGACUGUUAGCUGCAGACUUGCAGUGGAGUCUUUACAGUCACAUUCCAAAAUGCCUCACAUGUUUUCUCUGUAGUCCCUGGGGUUGUCAGUGGGGCAGUUGGUGUCCAGAGCUGUAGUAGUGAAAAUGGGUGCUCAUUUGGGAGAGGAUGGAAGUGGCUCAUUGGUGGAAUAAGGAUUAGCUUUAACAAAAAUAAAUCAGCUCUAAGUCACUGACCCACUGAAGCCUUAAUAUUCAUGCAGGGACAUUUUGCCAUGUGGUGCUGUGGAGCCAAGAGCUUCUGCCAGGGUGUCAGGAGAGGCAUCAGCAGAGCUCUGGAUGUGCCAGCAUUGCUUACAGACUCAUUCAGGAAUUUGGUUUUGUGGAGGGACUACAUUUCUGGGCACACCUGAUGAGAGGACUGUUAGCCUAAAGUUUAUUUUAUUCUUCAAGCUGAGGAGGAUUUCCUCCAGAAUCUUGAACCACUUCCUCACUCCUGAGCAGGGAUUGUGGAGCUCUUGAUGAGCUGUCUGUAGCAAGCCUUGCUGGUUGAGGAGCAGCAUCCCUUUCCCCCACUGCCACUUCUUUUCCCAGGUGUUGGUUCCAUGCACCAUGGAGGUGGUAGAAACAAAUCUACCUGCUUUGAUACCUGGAGCUGCUUUCUCUUCAGAUAAAGCACAAGAAGAAGAGCAUUUGUCUCUGGCUGCAGAAUUCUCCUCUGAUUUCCUCCUCAGCUGUAACUUCACAGUAAUCACAGCAGUGAUGGUUCCACUUUGCUGUCAUUGCCUUGCAGUGAGAGUUUUAGUGAGAAGAGAUCCUGUACCAAGGAAAGGCUGUUUGGUGACCUAUAGGCCUUUAGGCCUCCUGGAGGAAGAAAUCUACAUAUUUAGCCUGAAGUGUGAGAAAUUGGACCAUCAACAAACACAGGCAGUGCCAGCUUUUACAUUUAAAUGCAAUACCUGGAAAACUCAUCCUCUGCAGUUCCUCUGUCCCUUGUCCUGCAUCCAAAGGACUGCUCAAACAGGCUGUAAAGCUUGUUCAGAGAAGCUCUGAAGACUUGAAGUGUGUUGGCACUGAGGUAUGUAAGGGAUAAGGAUGUGCUGUCAGGAACAAAGUGUAUCUGGACAAGGCCAUUCUAGAGCCUGUUAAUCCUUUUGUGAACGAGAUGUGCAAUUGUCAGAGGUGUGCCAGUUCACCCAGAACCACGAGGGCUGUGCUGUGAUCCCAGGGAAUGCUGAGCUGCUUCCAGACAGCUGCCUGUUCCAUACCUCAGCAUCAGGGGAGCUGACAAUUUGGCAAGUGCUGUUACCUUAGUCUCAGGUUUCUUUUGUUUUUUUUUUUAAUAUGCACUUUUUUUACUAAAGUUGCAUAUGGUGUAGGUUUAUCUGCCAAGUCUCUGGCUCACCAGUCAAAGGCCAGAAAAAUGGGUCAUUUCUUUUUGUCUUGGCAGGAAAGGCCACAGCAGUAUUCUGAAAUUACAUUUUUUUACAAGAGCUUUUUCCAAGUUCAGCCCUGAGCUUCAGCAGUCAGCUCCACAACCACCUUCUGCUGGUGUUUUACACAGGAUGCCAAGCAGCAGGAAAUGGUCAGACCUGAGCAUUAGGAAAGAAAAUCAGUCAUGGACAAGUCAAAAACCCAAAAGAUUCUUAUUGUGGCCAUUUCCAAAAUGCAUUUUUUCUGGUGCAAUUCCUUAGAUCAGGAUGGAAAGUGUGUCUUGAUGGAUGGGAAGUUGGAGAGUGGAGGAAAUGGCUGCAGUUGUGCUUCUCUCCAGCACAGCAAGUGCUGCACUGCACAGCACCAAAGGCAGGACUAUUCCCUCCCCUUCCCAGGCAAGCCCAGAGCUGCAUGGCUGGCACUGCAUGGCUCCAGGGCCAGGGCAGUACAGCAGCUCAGAGCUCCCCAGGCAGGAUAAUCAGUGCUUGCCUUUCAUUUGCUGAGGGCUGCUUAUCUGCCAGGAAGCUCUGCCUCUCUCAGGGAGGGAAGAGAGGAGCUGUUGUGGAUUACAGAUCGUUUAGGAAUGUGCAGCUUUGCUUCCCUGUGCUGCUUUUACUGAAGUGAGGAGCUGGAGCAAUCACCAGCAGUACCCAGCAGGGAGUGACAGGAGUCCUGGAAUAGCAGCUCUGCUGCAAUGGGAAUAAAUGGUGUGAAAGCUUUCCCAGCCCAGCACUCAGUCCCCUCUGCAGACAAAAAUGAGAUUGGUUCAGUCUUCACUUGCAAUGCAGGUUAUGCCCCAGUAAAUCCCCGUGGAUGCUGACAUGCACAUGGCACUGCUGCUCUCCUCCUUCCUGCUCAGCAGGCUGUCUUCCAGAGGAAGCCUCCUUGCAGUGCCACUGCCAGCCUCUUGCAUUCUUCGGGCUGGAAAAUGUUUUCCUUGAUGGUUCAUCAAGAGACAUACUAAAAGAAAGCAAGACAUAAUGGGGUCAUGUGGAACAGAGCUGCUGCCUGCUGGAGUGGAGCAGUUGGAGUUGAAGAAGCCACAUGCUGUCCUAAUAAGAUGCUCUUUCAUGUUGUCUGUUGUGAUGUGUGCAUUGCAUUGUUCAGUGUUUCCCCCCAGCUCAGUGCCCUGCUCCUGGAUUUCCAUGCUGGCAUGCCCUGGGAGAGCAUGUUGUAAAAAUUUGCUGCAUUGCAGCAUUUUGUCUGGAGCUCAUAGUGUGGAAGAUGUAUUUUUUCUGAGCUGAGUGGACUGACUCUGGCACGAGUGUGCAUCCACCAUGUGUCCUUGAGCACUGUAGCAUUCCUUCUGGCCAUCAAAGGCCAUGUCCUGAUCACUCCAGUGUGCACAUCUGGUGCAAGUCCUGUAGAAGAUUUUUUGUGUUAAGUCUUUUUUCCUUACUGUGUGUUCCUCUUAGAGAAAAGCAGUUGAGCCACUGACAAUCAAAUUGAUGAGAAGGGAGGGGAUUUUGUUGUUUGUUUGAAAACUGCCCAAUUUGAAGCAAAUACUGGGUACUGUAGAUUCUAUUGAGCUCUGAGAACUGGAGUUCUCUAGCUACUAAGGAGAGGGAAGGAAAUCUUUCUUCCUUUAGCUUACUUGAUUUGUCUCCUUCAAUUUGACCUGUCAGGCUAGCUAACAGAUUGCUGUCACUUUAAAGAAGAUGUUUUACAGCUCCUGUGUGAUGAUUUCUGCUUCACUCCUAGAGCACAUCCCCAUUUUUCACCUGUGUACAAAGAGAGCAGCUGUGGUGUGCAGCAGUGGGAGGUGCAGUGAGGUUUGAACAUAGUGGGACUCACUGAAACUGUGACCCUGUGUGUAGUGCCAGUAGCCUCAAUGUUUCAUGAAAGCUGAGGUGGUGCUACCCAGAGACACUUGACCAAUGUUUUUCUUUGUGUUCCCUGGGGCUGAUGUGCUGUAGAACGUUGUUUUAAAUUGAAUUAAUUUGGCUUCUUUUUUGUAGCUGCUGGAUACAAUACUUUUGGGCUGAUAAAUCACUUUUCCUUAGCAAUACUGGGAAGCUGUGCAUUUUCCCUUUGUGAUGUCUUGCCUGGAUAUAGCAGUGAUCCAGUGAAAGCUGCACAUGAUCUGUGCUCCCAAGUGGCUGGAACAGGAUGUAGGAAAACAUCAAUACUCAGGUGUUGAGUGAUGUAGGAAGAAAGUGGCUGAGAAAAGAGUCACUCCUUUUAGGCUGACUGGCUCAAGAACCCAUUUAUGUUUUCACUGCAGCAAUCCUCUAGAAAGGACAAUUCUAAAUAAAUAUUUCCCUGUGGGAUUUCACUCAAUAUUCUGCUCUCUGUGUACUGAAGUAGAGUCCUCCACAUCAUCAGAAGCACUUCAUCCUGCAGCCAGUGGAGCUGGUACCUGCUCUCUUACAACAGAGUAUGGGUCUAAAUAGCCUCCCUUGCCCUUUAGGAACUAUUAAUAAUUAAUUCUAGACCCUCUUGUGUCAUUAAGCAGCUUUAGGACACCCUGUACAAUGUAGCUUUGAAUUCAUUCAGUAAAUGACCUCCAGAAGAACUAAAGACUUUUCUGUGUACAGCAAGGUCCAGUUCUUGGGGUUUUGGUGACCUGUAAAUAUCCUGUUCUUCAGUUCCUGUUCAGAUGUAAAAAUGGAUUUUUUUCAGUAUUUUUUUAAACUUUAUUAAAAGAACAGCAAACAGUAUUUGAAGAGAAGCAAGGUAGAGACAAGUCAGGACAGUCUGUGUAACUUGGUUUCCCUGCUGUGAUGCAAAUGUGUAAAAUAAAGAUUGACCAGAAAGAAGUUUUUAAUGCAUCUCAUUUUCUCCUUCUGAACUGCCAGCAGCCAAGCUGACCCAUUGUUCCCAAAGUCUGCAUUUCCCUCUGCUCAACUUCUGUUUCCAGCCAUCAACAUCUGCAUCAUGGAUUCAGGGCCAAAUCACAAAACUUGUGUGGAAAAACUUCUGUUGAAGGGAAAAGUUUUCCUGUCAGUGACCCAGUGAGGUUCACUGAGGUGCCUUUUCUUGAGCUCCAGGUACUGGAGCUGUGUUUGUGUGUGCUCAGCUGCUCUUUUACUUUUGCUAGCUGAACUUAGGCAGUGUUUGUGGACUGACUCUUGAACAAGUGUUUCUCCCAGCCCUGUGUCUCCUGCAGUCUGGGGCAGGCAGGAAUUCAGGAGCAUCUGGGCUUGUUGCUGCUCCCCAGCCCUGUGGUCUGUGUGUUCUCUGCUGCCAGGUGAGGGCAGAUGGAGCUGAUGCUCUCAACCUUGGUGUCCAGAUACAAAUUAAGGAUAGAGGGUUACUUUUAAAGUCAUGUCUCUGGUGGAUCUGGCCACACUAUCUCAGAGGAGCAAGUCCUUGAUCUUCUUUAAGUUAGACUGAUGGAGAUUUGGGACUCUGUAGUUGUGCUCUUCCUGAGGUGUUGGGAUCUAACCUUGCAUUCAAUUCUGCAGACUGGUUGGGUUGGCAGGGAUGAGGAGGGCACAGCAUUCCUGUGAAGUGUUCUUCCUGAUGAUCCCCCAUCCCUCAAAGGCAUACAUCCUUCAGCACCAAAUUCCAGUCUUCAAGAUGUUUCUUCCAGUUCAGCCUGUGGUUCUCAUCCUUCCACCGAGGGGUAAUGCCUGAAGCAGCCUCUCUUCUCUACCCUGCACCUCCCAAGCAGCCACUUCUGCACUGCCUCAAGCCUCUGGGUGAGUGUUUUACCAGAGAGCAAAAUAUAAAAAGUGCUUAGAAUUUGGAUUUCUUAAUGCCUCACUGUAGGUUAGAACAAAUAUUCCUGAUGCAGGUGGUCGCUGUUGUUGCACUGGAGUGGCCUAAACCUCUUUAAUGCAGGUUUCUCCAAAUUCUCCAGCUGCAUAUUCUGUCUGUUGUGUAUUUGGCCUUAAAACAUUCCCAUUCCCCCUUGGCAUUCCCUGACAGCAGCUGAGACUCAUCCCCAGAGCUGCCUGCACUCAGCCAUAAGGAAAGGUGAAAUGUUAAGGGUGGAGUGGGUAAGGUGGGGCUGAAUUGUGGGGACACUCACUUGAGAAGGAGACCAAAUGAAAUUAUCAGUGGAAAAAUUGAUUCCUGACCAUUUUCUCCAAGGAGACACAAAGAAGAGCUCCCAGUAUUUGAAGUCUAUUGCAAGCAAAGGUCAUCUGGCAGACUUAACAGGGAGCAGAAGAAACAAAACCACAGCUAACAAAACUUUCCUCAGUGUUGUGUGUUUGGAUGUAAUUCUGUAGGUGUUUUCCUGCCCAGGGGAGGUAAAUUGUUCUACCUGCACUGAGGUUUUUCUUGCAGUGUCUGACAUUCCCAGCUGUCUGAUCAUUUGCAGCUCCUCAUUGCACUCCUGGCUGCCUGCUGCCAAUGCUUUUGCACAAGCAAGGUUAUCUUCAUGACUGCAAAGAGCUGCCUUCUCCUUAAAUCUGCUUUUGCCUUCCUUUGCCUUCUGACUGACAGGCUCUAAUGAGGGGAGAGUGUUGUAGCGCCCUGUAUAGUGAGUGGUCAAUAAAAACCAAAUUGCUUUGUACAGCAGAGGUAAUAACACAGCUUGUUAUUGGCACAGCUGAUGCUGAUAUUGGGGCCCUUGGUAAGGAGACAAAGGCUUUCUUCUGUCUUAAGGAGUAAAAAGUGCAAAUCAUCCAUUCCUUUUGUCCCCUCUCAUCCCUGGAAAAUGGUAAUUGGGGGUGACACUGCUUUGUUGUGGCUCUUCUCCCCUGUGGGAUAUUUUCUGUGGGGAGGCUGAGGCACAAUACCUGAGAUGGCUCUUGUAUUCCUGAAAAAAAAAAUAAAAAUAAACAGGCAUGUGAGGUGAGGUUGUUACAGGGUGGCAGGUGGAAUAGGUGAGGAUUGAAAUGGAAGAGGCAGUGUGAAAUUCCUUUUACUGCUCCCUCUUGGGAUGAUUGUGCUGAGCUUGGCAAGAGCAUCCUUGAUGAGAGGAGCAGUUAAGACAUGGGUCACCUGUAAGUGUAGCAAUAAAUUUGGGGUGUUAAGUCCCUGAGGACAUUGCUCUGGGGUGCAGAUCUUUUGUAUGCCUUCAGUGUAAGUCUUUUGGGUAAGGUGUCACAAUAUCCCCCAAUA